CACUGCCAAAGCCUGUCAGCUGCGGCCAUGUUAAUGCGGGGCAGUCCCAUCUCUUUGAGGGGCGCGACAGCGAGGUCCUGGAAAAGAAACGGGUAAAGGGAAGGAAGGUGAGAGGAGGUGUACGUCACAAAAGGUGCUGAGAGACUUGGGUUAACGGGAUGAAGCCGUCAGUAUCCCCGGGAACGAAGCGGACCCAGUCGAAUUCCUGAGUCACCGUCGGGAGGCGGCGGUCUGGGCCGCCAUAUUGAAGCCUGGCAAACCGAAGCAAAAAAGUUGCCAUAUUGAAUCUUUCCCACCCUUGGUGCUGAAGGGGGAUAGGCUGGAGGGAGAGUCCAUAUACAUUUUGGGCAAGUGAUGCCAGCUGGUUGCCAUGUCGUUAAUGGGCACUGCUUUCCUCCACUUCUAUGGAAAAGGUCGACGAUGGGUGAGGGGCGUCAGGUCGCUGGCCACAGUUUACUGUGGUCCUGAGAGUGCACAUUCCGAUGGCCGUAUUUCUUGGGAACAAAUCGAAAUGGUUCUGGCUUGUUUCCGAGCAAGCUGAAGCCUUUCUUUCACCAUCUUUCUUACGGGCACCAUGCCGUCAUCAUUGCCCCACUGUGAGCCGGUGAUGUUCCCGUGGCCAUUUUGGUCUCGGGCGGCCCGGAUAAGGGAGGCGGAGUGUGCAGAACGGAGGAGGGCCAACCACGCGGAAGUGACGCAAGGCGCCGCCAUGUCUUUUGAGGGCGGUGACGGCGCCGGGCCGGCCAUGCUGGCUACGGGCACGGCGUGGAUGGCGUCGGGGCGCCCCGAGGAGCUGUGGGAGGCGGUGGUGGGGGCCGCUGAGCGCUUCCGGGCCCGGACAGGCACGGAGCUGGUGCUGCUGACUGCCGCACCGCCCCCCGCCCCCCGCCCGGGCCCCUGUGCCUAUGCAGCCCACGGCCGUGGGGCCCUGGCCGAGGCUGCCCGCCGCUGCCUCCACGACAUCGCCCUGGCCCACAGGGCUGCUGCCGCCGCCCGCCCCCCCGUGCCCCCACCAGCACCACAGCCACCCAGCCCUGCGCGGAGCCCACCUCGGCCUACCCUGCCCAGGGAGGAGGACGAGGAAGAUGAGGACGAGCCAACAGAGACUGAGACCUCUGGGGAGCGGCUGGGUGUCAGCGAUAAUGGAGGGCUCUUUGUGAUGGACGAGGAUGCCACACUCCAGGACCUGCCCCCCUUCUGUGAGUCGGACCCUGAGAGCACAGACGAUGGCAGCCUGAGCGAGGAGACCCCUGCUGGCCCCCCAGCCUACUCAGUGCCCCCAGCCUCAGCCCUGCCCACACAGCAGUAUGCUAAGUCCCUGCCCGUGUCCGUGCCCGUCUGGGCCUUCAAGGAGAAGAGGACAGAAGCACGGUCAUCGGAUGAGGAGAAUGGGCCGCCCUCUUCGCCGGACCUGGACCGCAUCGCGGCGAGCAUGCGCGCGCUGGUGCUGCGGGAGGCCGAGGACACCCAGGUCUUCGGGGACCUGCCGCGGCCACGGCUCAACACCAGCGACUUCCAGAAGCUGAAGCGGAAAUACUGAGGCCCAGGGAGAGCGCUUCCCGGCCCAGCGUCCGCCCCGCCCCACACUACACCCCUGCCCCGCCCGCCGGGGCGGGCCAAUCCGAGUCAGACCCGGGACCGGCCUCUCAGGUCCCCGGGGUCCCAGGAUUGCCCCCUCCCUGCCAAUUCCCGCCGUCCUUCCAGCCCACGACCCCCUCACGCGCUGAGGAGCGGGACCUAUCUCGUUUCCCGAUUGGGUCUGUCGCCGCUUUCUUUGCCCGGCGACAGGUUCUUUCGAUUAAGGGAUUGGCUCGCUCCCAGAUCGGGGCGUAGCUAGUUUAAAGCCCUCACGGGGGUCAACUGUCGUUUUUUUGCCUAGCGACAAGGGCUUUGCUCGCGCGGCAUUGGUUGAAAGAGAACAGCCAGGCCACAGGAUUGGGUAGUGGCAAGCCUGUUCGGCCUAGAGAAUGGACAACUCCUUCAUUUGAUUGGCUUGAACCUAAAGGGCUUGACCAAUUACCCGGGAGUCGCCAUCCCAUCCUUCCUGGGUUGUCCCGCCUGAUUGGCUCCAGCCUUCUGAGGGCGUGGCCAAACCUUCCUCUGUGCCCAGGAUUGGCCUGCGGCCUUAAAUUUACGUUCUUUACACUACAGGGACUGGGGUCGUUUUUGACCAAGUCCUGACUACGUGCCCCUCUGCCCCCUCCCAGGGACGGCCCCAUCCUGUCCCUGCGUCUUGACACCCUCUCAUUGGUUCCAUCCCACAAGAGCCUGCCAAUCGUAGUCCGUCCUUGCAGCCAGGACGGCACCAGCUCCCGCCCCUCUCCCCUCACCCCCACAGGUGCCUUAAAGGGCCCUCGUCCACCCAAGGUGGGGGGCAGGGGCCCUCGCUCUCCGGCCCUUGUGUGGGGGAGAGAGUCGUGGGUGGGGAUCGGGAGUUGGGAGGGGUGGUCUGAGAUUAAAGAGUUUUACUUCUGACAAA